AUGCAGGACUUGCCAUUCACCAAAGUACCUUGUGACCUUCACUGUUGGAUAUGCAUAGAAAGAAAAUAUAAACAGAGCAGUGAAGAAGGUAAUGCUGUUGUCAACUUUAUUGAGCAGAAUAACCUAAAAAUUAGCUCUGCGCAUUUUCCGACAAUUUCGCUAUCCUGUUAUCUCAUUUUGUGUGCUUUUGAUGUUAACUUGCAGCAAUAUCCAAGAGUAUAUUUGACAAAUUCUGGUUCCCAUCCAACUCUAGUUAUAGUUAAAGAGUCAUGGUCACCAUUUCUCCUUGGCAACAAUGUAGCUUCUGGUGAGAUUGGGAGAAACACCAGUCGCUCAGAUCACCUCUUUGAUUCUUUGAGAUUUUCUUUGUUGACCGAGGCUAUGGUUGAAGCAUCGAAUGACACAGGUGCUAAUAAUGGGCUUAAGCAUAUAGAGAACAUGGUGCUGUUCCAAUAUCUCGUUCGCACACUUGAGGCUGAUUUUGUACCUCAUCAUAUUGCAUAUAAAGAGUCAUUAGACUGGGUGAUUAUCAGGGAAUCUGUUUUAAACGUGCUUCUGGGAUCGCGAAAACUGGUAUUCAAAAUGUUUGUCAAGAACUGCAUAUCCCUUCUGAACCAACAUCAGCGGGAAGUUGAAGAUGACAUAUCUUCUAAAUCAGCAUCUGAUUUAGAUUCUUCCUUAACCUUUCCAUUGGUUGAGUUUGAAAGAGAAGCGCUUAUAUCCGUGAAAAAACUUUUCAUUAUGGUUAUAAACCUUGACUUGAUUAGGAAAGAAGCAGACAAAUUGGGCCUGACUUCAAGGGCUGAUGGCCUCAGGAAUCCUAUCCUGGAAGUUAUUCUAGAGGAGCUAACUUACAACACAAUCUACUUAUCCCCAUUUCUUUUGGCCUUCACGGAGUGGAAGUGGAAAUUGCAGAUUAUCCUGCUGUACUUCUCAAGAUAUCAAGUUAAGUCUGCAGUACGUACUCGGAGGUCAGAUAAUUCUCAACAAGAUUUGACAGUGGAAAGCGCUCUGAGUAUGUUUUCAACAGAAGCAAGCGCAAAGGCCAUGGUUAAGAUGAUGUGUCCAGAAGUUGCUCAGCUUCUCUUAGCACAUGCAUACCAGGUCUGCCUAUCCGUUGAUGGUGGUUCUAGCGAAGCUAAUGAUGCAGCAAAAAUGAUGGGAGCGUCUCUUCUCGAGAUAUCUUGCAAGUUUGUGUUGGCUUUCCAGAAUCUGAGAAAAAUCAACACGAACAUUCAGAUUUCACAGUUUGAGAAAGAAGCUUUGUUCACUGCAGCAACGCUGACAAGAAAACUGCAGAAUGAGUGAAGAUUAGAGACUUGAAGUAUUCAUUUUCGA